AUGGCUAUGACGUCACUGGCGCUUGUUGAUGAAGAACGUCUGCCAUAUUGGAAAUUAAAAACGGAUGAUACCACUGACACGCCUACUUGGAAAUAUCGCUACCAGACGAAUAUCACGCUAUUACUGUCGGAAAUUCUUCGGGGUUACGACUCGCUCCUUCGGCCGGGACUCGGUGGAAAACCGUGCAGAGUCAAAGUGAAUCUGUACUUCAUGUCAUUUGCUCCGAUAAAUGAACCGCAAAUGGAAUACACGCCGACUUUUUACUUCCGUCAAUAUUGGCAAGACCCACGUCUGGCUUUUGGUGACUCAAUCCGUGCCGAGGCCAUCCGCCCAAGAGGGGAUUUCACCAAAAAGAUUUGGACACCGGACACUUUUUUCAUAGAUGACGUCACGGAUAAUGUGCGAAGGGUGGAUUCGAUGCUCGAGAUAUCUUCUAACGGAAGCGUUAGUUACAGUAUUUCAUAUAAUGACAAAGAUUUGGUUUACGAAUGGAUGAAGAAUCCUCCCGCGCUUGAGUUUUCCUCACAACUGCGUAUGGCCCAUUACGACCUCAUUGAAUGGUCAACUGAAUCUAAACUAGACGAAUUUGUUACAGGAAAAUACGCGUCGCUGACUGCAAAGUUUGUAUUCAAGCGGAGAGUACGUUUCUACAUUCUCUCAGCUUUCAUACCCGCCGCGUUUAUCGUUAUACUAAGCUGGGUCGGAUUCUGGAUCGAUGAGCGUUCGGUUCCUGCUCGAGUUUCACUCGGCAUAACAACAGUACUAGCGAUUACUACUCUUAUCUUCGGUGUGCAGUCGACACUUCCUCGUGUCGGUUACAUCAAAGCUAUCGAUGUCUAUUUGCUGGGAAAUUUCCUGUUCGUGUUUGCAUCGCUUGUCGAGUAUGCCAUCAUGUGCUCCAUAUUCAAGACAAAUGAGCAGAAACAGAGGGAGGAGGAACUCAGGGAGAGAAUUAAAGCAAAUAACGCCAGGAAAUGGUGGGAAAAAGAAAUGAGAGCAAAGCAAACUGCCAAAGAGGCCAAAGUACCUACUAUUACUAAAGACACAAGAAGCAAGAGAAUCAGCCCCACCCCUGGUAGUAAAACCCAGGGGGUACCCCACAGGCCAACAUACUGGUUAGAGGUUGGGAACCUUCAUCUACGCGAUAGGAAAAAGUAUCAGAAGUAUCAUAUCUCUGAUAGAAUUGCAAGAGUUCUUUUUCCGCUUUCUUACACGCUGUUUCUUGUAUUUUACUUUAUAGGAUACAUGUAUCUAUGA